AUGACACUAUUGCAGUUCAAAAAAUUUAAUUUGCAACAAGGUUACAGUUGCGCCUUGGCCGCUGUACUAGGAGGGGUUCAUCUGUCUCCAUUAGGCGUACCACACACUAAAGGAAAAGUGAUAUUCAAUACCGCAGAAGAAUUACUGAGGAGCGCGAGUCAAAAUAGUAGAUUGUCGAUUAAUCGAACUCAAGCUGGAUGGCUACUAAUUGGCGCCAUUAUGACUUUAGGAGUGCCUGUGGUGAGAGGAUUACUACCGAGAAUGUUACUUUUGUGGAGAAAUUCGUUCCCGCGGUCUGCCAAGGAGUUAGAAUCGGAAAAGGCGAGAGGUGAUGCGUUUACAUGGCAAGUUACCUUGGAGGGACGGGCUGGGGCUUUAUCAGCAAUGCAUAGUUUUGUACAAAAUUGCCCUGAAUUGGUUACCGAAGAUAUUAUUCGCAGACUACUAACUCCCAUAGAGUCUGCUUUGGCAAUGUUGGCAAACAUCGCCAAUGUUCUUAAAAGUUACGGUCAACAACUUAAAGCCCCUGCUGCGAUGGUUCGAUUGCGAUUAUACGAAACUCUCUUACUACUUCCUUCACAAUCAUUUGAAGGUUCUUACACCCAUCUAUUACGGAUGUUAGUUGCGGAAUUUACCUUAACUGAAAAUCCUGCAAAUACAACCACUUCACAGCUCAGAACCGUCUGUCAUGCUGAUGAUUCGGUUAUAUUGGGCACUUGGCUACAAGAGACGGAUCAUCGCACAAUUGAGGAUCAAAUGGAACCAAAUCGAAGGACAGAUGGUGAACAUUUGCAACCGAACAGUGCGGCAGGAUCGGGUGCUUUGGAACAUGACCCUUGUUGUCUGUAUCGCCCGUUAUUGAAUCAUGAGAUCACUCCUGGUCCACUUCCUCUGGGUGUAGCAGUAAUAGAUAUGUCGGUGGCACUUUUUGGACAAAUUUUUCCAUGUGUUGCCAACAAACACCGAUUGCAAAUGUUAGAGCAUUUUAUCGAGUGUAUAAAGCAUGCGAAGAGCUCUCGGCAGGAAGCUGUACAAAUGAACGUAUUUACUGCUUUGCUGAGUGGUCUAAAAGGAUUAAGUGAGGCAAAAACUAGUUUUGGUCAAGAAGAUGUAAAGAAGGCAGCAACUACCUUGAUCUUAGGGGCGCUAACUUCUGCAAAUCCAAUUUUACGUUGCGCAGCAGGCGAAGCUGUAGGUAGAAUGGCGCAAGUGAUAUCCGAUUCUCGAUUUACCGCCGAACUGGCUCAAACCAGUUUUGAUAAAUUGAAAUCGGCUCGAGAUGUUGCAAGUAGAACAGGCCAUUCGCUGGCGCUAGGAUGUUUGCACCGAUACGUGGGUGGGUUAGGUUCCAGCCAACAUCUUAACACGAGCGUUUCUAUCCUUCUGGCAUUGGCACAGGAUACUACGUCCCCGGUUGUCCAAGUUUGGGCUUUACAUGCACUGGCAUUAAUAUCAGAUUCCGGCGGUCCCAUGUUCAGAGGUUAUGUAGAACCUACAUUAUCAUUAGCGUUAAAAUUAUUGUUAAAUGUUCCUCAAUCACAUAUCGAUAUACAUCAGUGCAUUGGAAAAGUACUUUCUGGUUUAAUAACAACCAUCGGACCAGAAUUGCAGGGCAAUACUGUGUCAAUUUGUAUGGCAAGGUCAUCAUUCCUCUGCGCGUGCGCAAUUAUGCAAGAUCAUCAAGAUCCACUGGUCCAAGCCGAAGCAACAGGGUGUUUACAACAACUUCACUUAUUUGCGCCGCGACAUGUGAAUUUAUCUUCUCUAGUACCCACACUAUGUCGUACUUUAUCUAGUAAUCAUCUUUUGCUACGGAAAGCAGCCACGUCGUGUUUGAGACAGUUGGCGCAAAGGGAAGCAAAGGAAGUUUGCGAGCACGCUAUGACUCUCGCAAACGAAAGUCGAGAUGCUAAUACGGUCGAGGGAUUGUUAAUUACUGAAACCGGACUGCCGGGAGUUUUAUUCACUAUGCUCGAUACGGAAACCGAUAGCAGCCUGAUCAAAGAUAUUCACGAUACGCUGAUUAGUAUGCUGCAAAUGCUAGCCGCAGAUAACCUCUCUCAGUGGCUGGGUUUGUGCAAAGAUGUUUUGACAGUUGCUGCAGAUAGUACCAAUUCUGAAGAUCAAAUUAGCCUAAAUCCCUUGGACGAAAAUGAACAAGAAGAAACCGAGGCGGAUGACGACCAAGCAGAAUUUCAUGCGGAUGACGAUGCUAACACGCACACAUUGGUGCAACCACGCUGGCCAACUAGAGUGUUUGCCGCGCAGUGUGUAAGAAGGAUAAUAAUGGCAUGCGAGGGUAAUCAGAAAAAUGCCCAUUUUGAUCUAACACAUGCGAAGGAAAUGCAGUUCAAUAAAGGAAAAGUAGAUUUUCUUGUUCUUCACUUGUCAGACUUAAUUCGAAUGGCGUUUAUUGCUGCGACCAGUGACUCGGAUCAAUUGAGGUUGGAAGGGUUGAAGACCUUGCAGGAGAUCAUUGAAAAGUUCGCUAAGGUUCCCGAACCUGAAUUUCCCGGUCAUCUGCUGUUGGAACAAUUUCAAGCUCAGGUUGGGGCAGCAUUGCGACCAGCAUUUUCAUCCGAAACAUCUUCGCAUGUCACUGCUGCCGCGUGUGAUGUCUGCUCGACUUGGAUUGGUUCCGGUGUUGCACGAGAUUUGAAUGACUUACGGAGAGUUCACCAACUUUUAGUAUCGUCUUUAGAUAAACUACAGAACAAAACAAACGCCUGUCAAUUGUACAACGAAAGCUUAACCACGCUUGAAAAACUUUCGAUCUUAAAAGCUUGGGCUGAAGUCUAUAUAGUGGCGAUGAAUGGAAAUGGAUCUGCGCCCGGUUGUACAAUUUUAUUGGGUAGUAAUAGUUCGAAUGUAGAUGAUGAAUUUGGUGAUUUCGAGUGUAAGGGUGAAAGUUUAUUAACGCUUGUGCAGCCUGAACUUGUAAGUUUGUCCCAGCAUUGGUUAGCGGCAUUACGUGAUCAUGCAUUGUUGUCUUUGCCCACUGAAUUUGCAAGUCAGCUUCCUCACGACGGUGGUGCUUUUUAUACCAAUGACACAAUCGAAUCUUCCCGCCCACACUACUCCAAAUGCUGGCCCCCAAUUUUGCACGCCGCCACAUUAUGGUUAAAUGUUGGCAAUGUAAAAGUUCAGAUGGAUGGAAAUGAUAACGCAAACAACAACCCGCCCGAGUGUGGAUCGGAUAAAUUUCACCUAUUAUUCGGUAUAUGUAUGGAGGCAUUAUGUAGUUCGCGAUCUUCGGAGCCACUCGGAAGUAUUGUAACUUGUCUUCAAGCUUUGUACACUCUACUCGAUUCUGUUUGGGCUCGGGAGCUGUUCAUGGUUGACAAAUCAUUAGCAAUUGAGCUCUGCAAUGUGCUCCAUCGUCUCCUACUGACUAGAGAUAGUUUCGACACUCAAGUCUUAUCAAUGGAAGUAUUAAAGCAAGUAAUUAAGUCUGCACAAGAGCAAUUUGAACUGGUAAAGAAGCAACGAGUACAAGAAACUGAGGAACCGCCAACACUGGAUGCGGAUUUGUUAGGGGAAGGUGGUGAAAACGGAACAAUUGUUCCGGGGCAGUCCUUGGUGUUUGCAGUACUUGAAGUUUGUUUAUGUUUACUUGUUCGUAACCUACCCGCGCUCAGUCCCUCCCCAAACUUGGCGAUUAGCACCUAUUUGCAUGCGAUACAGCCUACUGAGGAUACCGGCAGACUGAUAGCCAGCACUAUUUCAUGCAUGGAAAAUUUGCAUAAGCUAUGCUCGCCGCAAGGUGCAGUAGCGAUUUUACCAACGGUACUAUAUCUCACAACUGGAGUCAUAAAGGAAGUAGCUACGAAAAACAUUAACGAUAACACAAUUUUAGCAAACGCGUCAGCAGUACAAGCUGCUCUGCAUAUAUUAAAAAUGCUAGCAAUCGAUCGUUACAGUUACGACAAACAUUGCAGCAAAGUAUGGCAAAAACUUCUACAGAGCUCUUUGGCAAAAAUAAUCGAUUUAGCUAAGACAGGAAGCGACGAGAAUAAAUUGGACGAGGUCACAAUGAUGUUGGCAAUUGCAGUAUUCGUUCUUCAUGCUCCUUCAAGUGUCGUGACAGCACCUAGCUUACAGUAUCCCUGCAUAAAUCACUUUCGUCACUGUCUCCAAAGCUCCAACGCUGCGGUUCGUUUAAAAUGCAUUCAAACCUUAAAGUCUGUGUUUCUGCACACCGAUCGUACAGUAGCCACACCGUAUAUCCACGCGUUGGCCCCUAGAUUGGUGGAAUUUUUGUAUUCCGAAAACUCGCACAAACUACUUAGUGACAUUGAGCUUUCGAUCACACUGAAAACUAUUGUUACAGUGGAAUCGUUAAUUAAUUUAGCCGAACCACAAAAUCGAGAUGUAAUGCAAGGUAUCCAAAUGCUCGCAUUGCUGGUUCCAGUCCUAAUAAAUUAUCUACUAGACGCAACGGCGUUGCGAUCGGCCGAUAAGUACGCGAUCACACUUCAUGAGGUUAGUCUCCAAUGGCUUAUGAAAAUAGGACCUAAGUAUCCACUGGAAUUUAAAAAAUUAAUGGGCCAAUCAUCGGACCUAAGGACAAGAUUGGAGAAUGCUGUCCGUGUAAAUCAACAGAUGCAACAACGUACCAAAACUGACUGUAAUAAUAGUAGUAAACCUGUAACUUCCCAAACACCAUCAAUUAAAUUAAAAACUGACUUCAGUAACUUUUCGUAAACUGUUUCUUAUUUGAUACAUUAUUUGUCUUACAAAUUAGUUUUUAUUGUGCUGAUUACGUAUUUACGAUAUAUUGUUUGUAUAUAAUGUGAUGUUAAUGAUAUUUCUUUUAACUGUGUGUAUAUUUAUAAAUGUGUAUCUAGUAAUUAUCUCCCCUGUAAACAGUAGUGACAGACCAUCUUCCAAAAUGUAACUGUAUAAGGUUUUAAAUUAUUUUAUACUAAUUUUUGUACUAUUUUAUUUAUUGUUAAGAUUGUCACCUGUAAUUUAUUCUUACUUGCCAAACCUUGCAAUAAUUGUUAAAAUAAAAGAAAAGACUAUGUU